AUGGAACAAGACGUAGUUAACAGUCUUCAAAAGCUCUGUCUCACCAAGGAAGAAGAAGCAGAAAUAUCAAUUAUAGCUAACAGCAGAGUAGACCUUUUGGACGAAUGCUCUUUAAGCCUGUUUGGAAGGCUACUUUCGGACAGACAACAGAACCAAAGAGCUCUAAAAAGCACACUACGAGCAGCAUGGAAAAUGGGUUCAAAGCUACGAAUAAUUGAAGUAGGAAAUAACACUUUGCAAUUCAAGUUCAGCUCUCGCUAUCAGAUGGAAUGGGUUCAAAACAGUGGGCCUUGGAAUUUUGAAAACAAUCUACUACUUUUAUACAGAUGGAAAAAGGGUCUCACAUCAGAAAACAUUGUCUUCACUCACUCCCCGUUUUGGGUGCAACUAUGGGGCUUACCAUUUGAGCUCAUGUCUGAGGGGGUAGGCCGUGAUAUUGGGAAUAGCAUGGGACGCUUUAGUGAGAUUGACAAGCGAGCUAACCAAUCUGAGGAAGUAAAAUUCAUGCGCAUAAGAGUUGAUCUUUCCAUUUAUAAGCCAUUACGCAAAGGAAGAAAUGUAGUGGGCAUGGAUGGUGAUAAGUAUUGGGUUCAUUACAAAUAUGAAAGGUUGCCAACGUUUUGUUUUCUUUGUGGCAAGAUGGGUCAUGAUGAUAAACAUUGUCAUGCUUGCUUAGAUAGACAGAACGCAACACCCCAAUAUGGUGACUGGCUAAAGGUGUUUGGAAAGUCUAAAGGUGGAAAUGGCAGACCGAGAUGCUUCUCUAAUGGUUGCCAUAGUGCUGGUAGUGAUAACCAAAGUGGUGGAAAAGACCAAAUGUUUGAGAAUACACUCCAGCCCUCUCUGGAAGCUUAG